CUCAUAUGAUAUGCGCAUUGCGCACUCUUGUCGCUCUCUCAUUUCCGCAGCUAACUCCCACUCUCACCGCAUUGUCUCUAUUCUCUCAUUUCCUAUCUCUCGCUCUUUAACAACAACAACUACAACUCAAACAACCCUAACCCAAGCUCCACCUUCAGCUCCUACCACCAUGGCUUCCGAGUCCGAUAACCUCUCUACUCUCCCCGCCGCCAACGGCAACGUCGUCGAAGAUGAGAAGUUCGGCUUCCGACGCCCCGAGAUGUUCACGGAGAACCUCGCCGGAACAGUCGGCGCCUACGACCGCCACGUUUUCCUCUGCUACAAGAGCCCUGAGGCCUGGCCAUCGAAGGUCGAAGGCUCCGAAUCCGAUCCGCUCCCCAAGCUCCUCUCCUCUGCUGUCAAAGCUCGCAAGAAUGACAUCGCGCUCAAGACGAACGUGACAGUAUAUGAAGGAAGCGAGGGGACUGAAUUUUCUGAUGGAGACGUGUUGAUUUUCCCUGAAAUGAUUAAGUACAGGGGUCUGAAGGACUCGGAUGUGGAUAGCUUUGUUGAGGAUGUUCUUGUGAAUGGUAAACCGUGGGCUUCUGGAGUGCAGGAGGUGUUUACUGGUUCGCAUGUGUUUGUAUGUGCUCAUGGGAGUCGUGACCGGAGGUGUGGUGUUUGCGGGCCGGUUCUCAUUCAAAAGCUUAAAGAGGAGAUUGAGUCUCGAGGAUUGAAGAAUCAGGUGUUUGUUAAUGCAUGCUCUCACAUCGGAGGGCACAAGUAUGCUGGGAACGUGAUUAUCUACAGUCCGGCCCCAGAUGGGAAGAUUACAGGUCAUUGGUAUGGUUACGUUACUCCUGAUGAUGUGCCUGCAUUGCUUGAUCAGCAUAUUGAGAAGGGAGAGAUCAUAACACAUCUUUGGAGAGGGCAAAUGGGGGCGGCUGCUGAGGAAGGUGGCAAAGAGGAUGAACAUAAGCUUCCUAAAGGGGAUGCGAAGAAAAACAAGAAGAAGAAGCACGAAGAAAAUGGUACUCAGAGCAAGAAGGAGGAAGUUUCUGGCUGUUGCCAGGGUGUUAAUGGGUUUUCUUGUUGCAAAGAUGGAAGUUUGGAUCAGAAUGGUGUAAUUGAAAAGAAUCUGAAUGAAACCGUAGCACAUGAAAAGGAGCAGGGCAAACUAUCAAGCUGGAUGGGAUCGUGGGAACAAAGUGAUGUUCUCACUGCUGUUGCUGUGGUUGGAGCAGUGGCAACAGUUGCUGUGGCCUAUAGUUUUUAUAGGAGGUCAGGCUGAAAUAUGCUCUAUUUCCACGAGUUCAAGUUUGUCUGUGGGUCUGUAGAAACCCUGGUUUUUUUGUAGAAAGAUGUGAUAGCAUCUAUGAAAUAAUUCUCUGAACUGCGUAUGUCUAUGGAAGAAAAAAAAAUAUAGGUAUAUGAUAUGCAUAGCAAAUGGGAAGAAUUACUAAAAAUGUUAAUUAAUUUGUUUGCCCCCUUUCUUUUAUAGUUGAUUCUUCUCAACUAAAAUUGUUUGUUUCAACACACUUGGUGACUGGUCAACUUACUACUGGGAUUUGUUUAGUUGCUUGCUUAAGGUAGUAAUGGAAUUUGUUAUUACUUGCUUGUUAAA